AUGGUAGCAUUUAAUCCUGAUGAGGUUAUGAAAGCAUGUGUUGAAAUGGUUGUAGUUGAUGAGCUUCCUUUUAGCUUCGUUGAAAAGCAAGGGUUUAGGCAUUUUUGUCAUGUUGCAGUGCCAAUGUUUAAGGUCCCUUGUAGGAAAACUUUGGUUAAAAAUUUUCUUACAUUGUAUGAUAAGACAAAGAAGAAGUUGAAAACUGAUUUAGCACACUAUAGGGUCUGCCUAACCAUUGACACUUGGACAAGUGUUCAAAAUUUCAACUACAUGGUGCUAACAGCACACUUUAUUGAUGAUAAGUGGGAAAUGCAUAAGAGGAUAAUCAAUUUUUGCACUAUUUGUAAUCAUAGUGGGAAUUCCAUAGGUCUUUUGAUUGAGUCAUGUUUGCUUCAAUGGGGGAUUAGCAAGGUUUUAACCAUCACAGUAGAUAAUGCAGCAGCCAAUAAGUGUGCUAUUGAGUUUGUUAGGUCCAAACUUAACAAAAGAGAAAAACCACAAUCAAUCUUAGAGGGUAAGUACAUGCAUGUUAGGUGUACUGCCCAUAUUUGUAAUUUGAUUGUUGGUAGUGGGUUGAAGAGACUAAAUAGAUCAGUGUUGGCCAUUAGAAAUGCGGUGAAGUUUGUUAGGUCUUCACCAGCAAGGUUAGAUAGUUUUAAGGCAUGUGUAGAACAGGAACAUAUCCCUUGCAGAGGAUUGGUUGUUAUGGAUGUUCCCACGAGGUGGAAUUCAACAUUCUUAAUGUUGGAAGCUGCCUUGAAGUUCAAAGCAGCCUUUGCAAGGAUGGAGGAGCAACCGGACAACGGCUUUUCAGCCUAUUUCAAAGAGCCUGAGGAAGAGUAUGAUGAGGAUGGAAAUUUGGUUCCAAGUAAAAGCAAGAGGCCUAGAGUGGGGCCUCCAUCCGAGGAUGAAUGGGAUAAGGCGGAAGUGUUUGUGCAGUUUCUUAGGGUAUUCUAUGAAGUAACUCUAAGAGUUAGUGCAAGUAAUAGGCCGACAAUCCAUACCAGUACUUUUCAUGAUGUGUUGUCAACAAGGUUCUAA